UGGGGUUGGCUGAAAGAGGCGGCCAGUCGAGGUUUAAUGUCCGCCAUGUUGGCCGUGGCGUAUUGAGCGGAGCCGGAGCGGCGGAGGAGCGGAGCCAGCGCCCAGCCCAGCCGGCGCCGCCGGGCCCCGUGUCGGAGCGCGCCCCGCCCCGCCGGGGGAGCCGCGGUCUCUCCAUGAGAGCGCUCGGCGGGGUCCGGCUCUCAGCUCGGAGCGCUCUUGCUGUCGCCCCCCCCUCCCCAGCCGGAGCCGCCAUCGCCGCCUAACAUGAGCAAACUGUCGUUCCGGGCCCGGGCGCUGGACGCGUCCAAGCCGCUGCCCGUCUUCCGCUGCGAGGACCUGCCCGACUUGGCCGAAUAUGCCUCCAUUAACCGGGCCGUGCCGCAGAUGCCCACGGGCAUGGAGAAGGAAGAGGAGUCGGAACAUCAUCUCCAACGGGCUAUCUCAGCACAACAAGUAUAUGGAGAGAAGAGGGAUAACAUGGUUAUACCAGUCCCAGAAGCUGAAAGUAAUAUUGCAUACUAUGAAUCUAUAUAUCCUGGAGAAUUUAAAAUGCCAAAGCAGCUGAUUCACAUACAGCCUUUUAGUUUGGAUGCUGAGCAGCCGGAUUAUGACAUGGAUUCAGAAGAUGAGGUCUUUGUCAAUAAGUUGAAGAAGAGAAUGGAUAUCUCUCCUUUGCAAUUUGAAGAGAUGAUAGACCGACUAGAAAAGGGCAGUGGUCAGCAGCCAGUCAGCCUGCAGGAGGCCAAGCUGUUGCUGAAAGAAGAUGAUGAAUUGAUCAGAGAAGUAUACGAGUACUGGAUUAAAAAGAGGAAAAACUGUCGAGGGCCCUCUCUUAUCCCAGCAGUGAAACAAGAGAAGCGAGAUGGCUCCAGCACAAAUGAUCCUUAUGUUGCUUUUAGAAGACGAACAGAAAAGAUGCAGACAAGGAAAAAUCGAAAAAAUGAUGAGGCGUCUUAUGAGAAGAUGCUUAAACUGCGUCGAGACCUGAGUCGUGCAGUAACCAUCCUGGAGAUGAUAAAGAGAAGGGAAAAAAGCAAGAGGGAGUUGCUGCAUUUAACACUGGAAAUUAUCGAAAAGAGGUAUAAUUUGGGUGAUUACAGUGGAGAGAUUGUGUCUGAGGUCAUGGCACAGCGGCAGCCAAUGAAACCUACCUAUUCUAUUCCCAUCAUUCCUGUGACUAACAGCAGUCCUUUCAAACAUCAAGAAACUAUGGAACUGAAAGAAUAUAAAGUUAAACAGGAUAAAUCCGAUGUUAUUCGGCCCAAAAGAAAGUAUGAGAAGAAGCCAAAAGUCUUACCUUCAUCUGCUGCUGCUACUCCUCAACAGACGAGUCCUGCUGCACUGCCAGUCUUUAAUGCUAAAGAUUUGAAUCAGUAUGAUUUCCCUAGCUCGGAUGAAGAACCCCUUUCCCAGGUUUUGUCUGGUUCUUCAGAAGCUGAGGAAGAAAACGAUCCCGAUGGUCCUUUCGCCUUCCGUAGGAAAGCAGGCUGUCAGUACUAUGCUCCUCAUUUAGACCAACCUGGCAACUGGCCAUGGAGUAGCCCUAAAGAGGGAAGACUAGGAGAUGUGCGUUACAGAUACUGCUUAACCACUCUGACAGUACCCCAGAGGUGUAUUGGGUUUGCACGAAGGCGGGUCGGCCGUGGAGGAAGGGUGCUGCUGGACAGAGCGCAUUCGGACUACGAUAAUACAUUUCAUCAGCUGGAUUUGGAAAUGCUUUCCUCAUCACAACACUCUUCAAUCAGUCAAUUUGCCAAUACCUCAGAAACAAAUACCUCGGACAAAUCUUUCUCGAAAGACCUCAGUCAGAUACUAGUCAAUAUCAAAUCAUGUAGAUGGCGGCACUUUAGGCCUCGGACACCAUCCCUACAUGACAGUGACAAUGACGAACUCUCCUGUAGGAAACUGUACAGGGGUGUAAAUCGAACAGGCACAGCACAACCUGGGACCCAGACAUGCAGUACCUCUAUACAAAGUAAAAGUAGCAGUGGUUCAGCACAUUUUGAAAGUGAAACAUCUUUGGGCCUGGUGCAUCAAACACUAAAUCACUCUGAUGGCUCUAAGUUUCUUCAGUCUUCUGAAUUCACUGCAUUUACAGCCGAACAAUACCAGCAACAUCAACAACAACUGGCACUAAUGCAGAAACAGCAGCUUGCACAAAUUCAUCAACAGCAAGCAAAUAGUAAUUCCUCUGCCAACACAUCACAGAACCUUGAAACUAACCAACAGGAAAGUGGCUUUCGCCUGAAUCUACAUCAUAGCCAUUCUGUAAAGUGUUUAGAAGGGACACUGCAGGGUUUUGUUUCCAAGACACUGGAUUCUGUUAGUGCUCAAUUCGCUGCUUCAGCUUUGGUUACAUCAGAACAAUUGAUGGGAUUCAAAAUGAAGGAUGAUGUGGUGCUUGGAAUUGGGGUGAAUGGCAUUCUUCAAGCCUCAGGAGUAUACAAGGGCUUACACCUCAGUAGUACUACGCCUACAGCACUUGUCCAUACAAGUUCAU